AUCCAUGUCUUCCUCGUUGCAUUGGGUUUCCUUUCUGUUGUGGGGUUCAGAAUGUACGAUGACUAUUAUGACGGUGACCUUUGAUUGCAGGGGCAGGAGUCCGUCUGAAGUCCUGUGGAACAAAUCUCGAGAACAUGGUCCUGGAAAUCGCGACGCUGGAUUCGUCAAUCUUUCGGACCCGCAGUCUGCGUCCGGUCGUCGUGGUCACUUUUUAGGCGACGUUUCUCAUUCCAGGUGAUCGUGGUCGAUCUCGGAGAGGCAGAGUGAGCUCAAUCGGGCUCGCACUGGAGUUGACAGACAGGCCGAAGUCGAAGUCUACGAUUGUUCCCUGGAGCUACGCUCAUCCGGAGCUGCGAAAUUCCAUUGACCGGUGUUGAAGGAAGCGGAAAUGGUGCCUCUGAGAUGGGGAGCAGUGGCGGCACUUGUGCUGCUGGUGUCGAUCUCCGUGGUGAAGGCCAGCGAUCCGAAUGGAGAGGUAGAGUCGAUGACUUACUUUGUGCACUGCACGGAUGAAGUCAAUAUCGUCGCAGGGCCCGGCAAGGAUGGUCGAGAUCUGACCAAGUUGGCAUUUGGGAGCACUUUGGUGUUCGACAAUGAUGUGACCGUAGGACCUGAACGGGACUCGAAGCUCGUGGGCAGAAGGCAGGGAAUGGCUGUCAUGGACAACUUCGCCGGGACGAAUUAUUACCUUCUGUUUACCGUCAUUUUUGAACAUCACGAGAAAUACCAGGGAUCGCUGCAAGUGCAAGGAACGGAGAUUGGCAGUGGAGCUCGAGAAAUCACAGUCGUCGGAGGUACAGGAGACUUCAGAGGUGCUCGCGGCUACUCCACCUUCCACUUGUAUACCAGUGAUCCCUACCCCAUCAUCCAACAGGACUUCGUCAUUUACAAGAGCAGCUUCAACUACAAACCGUCUGCUGACAGCUCAGACAUGUAAGUUAGACGAGAAUCUCCGACAGUCCUAGAGAAUCGAUAUCGAAGGAGUCAAUCUUCUGUCGCGCCGCUUCUGAUGAAUGCAGUGAAGUUUUUGUUGGAUAUGGACCCCGUUAUCUUUUCGUGCCUCCGUUAAAUCAGUCGAGCGUUUGCUCUUCUAGUCACUUGAGUCACACCUGCACGAAGUAAUACACGGUUUUCAUGACUGCACCAAAUAAGGAAUAGAGAUGUACUUGCUGGCUUCCAGUCUUACCGUAAACGAAGCUUCUAAGAUGUGACUUUCCCUUCCUGUGAGUAGAACAAAGACUCUGAUCAUGUUUCGUGCCGGAUGUUUUGUUUCGUCUGGAGUCUUUCGACUAUAUCUGCCUACAGAAUCUAAAUGCAUAUCAUCGAUAUUUUCGGGUCCUGGACGCUUGUGAGAUAGUGAACCUUUAGAGAAAAGCAUCGAGUAAGUCUUCUGCAUCGAGGGGAGAACAUGCAUCAUUUAGAGGCAUGUCUGUCGUGUAGCUCAUUAGUUGAAACGAAGAGAAAGAAUGAUUCUCCUGAUCAUGUAUCUGUCGAGAUUGGUAUUUGGGGCAGUAGGAAUGAAAGUUCUCCAGGAGUUUUAGAGGCAUGUCUCACGUUUAGCUCAUUCGUUUAGUUGAAGAAACAUUACGUUUCUCCUGCUCCUGUAUCUUUUGAGAUUGGUAGUUGGGUCACCAGGAAUGAAAGUUUAACAGAGUGUAUCUCCAAGCAGGAAGAUAGAUCCUUUUUUCUCCUGUUGUGUAUGAUGCCCUUUGAAAUCAAAUUCUCGCUGGUUUUCAGGUUU